AAACUGAAAAGUUUUCGCCUCUGACUCCCUUUCAACUACCAAAAUUGUGUGGAAAUACAAUAUCCGAAUAUUUUUGGAAUAUUGGUGAAAAGCAAACACGUUCUUGUAGAGAGUUGGCAAAAGAAUUCUCUAGUUCCGAACUUCCUGAUGUCCCGUCCGAGAAAACUUGGAAAUUUAGGUCUGGGUGGACACGUUAUGAAAAAGGUAAACAACCCGAAUCUGUAGAAUUUCCCGAAGACGACAUUUUAUGUUUUGAUGUAGAAACCUUACUCGAUGACAGUGAUUACACGUUAAUAGCAUGUGCUGCUUCGUCAAAAGCGUGGUAUGCCUGGAUUUCGCCACGACUUACUAAAUAUGGAGAAGCGGCUAACGGCUCAUUAGUAAAUUACUCAGAGAAAUGUAACAGCGAAUAUGAAAUUAUGAAAACCUGCGAGACAGUUGAUGAAAAAUAUAAGUUAAAACGUAAAAUGCAAGACGGGAAGAUCGUAAUCAAAAAAUGUGGUAUGGGUUGCUUGAUUCCUAUGGGAAAUAUAGGUAGAGACCGAUUCGUAGUUGGGCAUAAUGUUGGUUUUGACCGUGCACAAAUAAGAGAAUAUCAUUACGACAGACCUUGUCAUAGUUAUAUAGAUAACAUGUCUUUACUUGUAGCAGUAAAUGGACUUUGCACUCAACAUCGCUCUUUUUGGAUCAAAUAUAAUAAGGCUACUAAAGAAGGAGAUAAGGAACGACUUAAGGAUUUUCUAUCUAUUUAUGAUACUAGUUCUAUAAACAACCUUCGAAAUAUUUACAGAUUUUAUUGUCAAGGAGAAUUAGACAAAUGUUCGAAAAAUUAUUUUGUUAAUAAUUCUUUAGAUCAAAUAGUAAGACCCGAGGUCUUUCAAAAACUUGUAGCUUAUUGUGCUGAUG